AUGAAACCAUCCACUUUUAAAAUUGUUUUAGUUGGUAUUAAUUUUGUUAAUCAAAAGGUGAUCCCAGAGUUGGAAAGUCAAAUACUCUUACUAGGUUUGCAUUUGAUAAAUUUGAAGAAGGGCACAAAAUAACUAUUGGAGUAAAACAAAAUCUGAUUUUUAGGUGGAAUUUGCAUAGAAAAAUAUAAACAUUUUGGGGAAAGAAAUUAAAUUAGCAAUUUGGGAUACUUGUGGAGCAGUAAGAUUCAAAUCUAUAUAAAGGAAUAAUACAGGGCUUUAACCAAUAUUUAUUAUAAAGGAGCCGCAGGAGCAUUAUUAAUAUUUGAUAUCACAGAUAGAAGUUCAUUUGAAAAUUUAGAUAAAUGGCUUAAGGUUGAGAUUCAUGUAAAUUUAUUAGGAUAUUGAAUCAAAUACUUAAUCAAUAAUAAUAAUGCUUGUUGCAAAUAAAAUAGAUCUUUAAGAUCAAAGAAAAGUUAGUAAACAAGAAGCUGCUUAGUUUGCAUUUGAGCAUAAAUUAGCAUAUUUGGAAACUAGUGCUAAGGAUGGAACUGGUAUAUAAUAAGCAUUUGAAUAAUUGGCAACUGGUAAUGAAAUUUUUAUGAUCAUAUAUGUUUAGAAAUCGUAAAAUUAUCAUAAUCAUCUGAAACAGUUGAAAAGAAUAACAUAAAAUUAACAGAAUCCACUAUUCCAAAAUUAGAAUAGGAGAAAUAAAAGAAAUGUUGUUGA